AUGCUCUCAAUGGGAUUCUCCCGUUUCUGGGCAGGAACAGUCGUCUUCUUUGUGAGCGCCAUUUUCCACGAACUGCUGGUCUCAGUCCCGCUGAAAAUGCUGCGUCUGUGGGCCUUCAUGGGCAUGCUGGGCCAGCAGCCCUACGCCCUCCUCGUCCACCACUACUGCCCCCAGGGCGGCAAAACCGGCAACAUUGCUGUCUGGCUGACUCUGAUUGUUGGCCAGCCGCUGGCUCUCUACAUGUACUUCCAUGACUACUAUGUGCAGCAGCAACUGAAGCACUGA